AACGUCAAACGAACAGUAUCAGAAUAAAGAAUCAGUAAAACUGUUCACCGGGAGUAAAAACAUCAAAACGUCUUGCUUUUAGGUAAAAAAAAAAUUGGAAAAAGACAAAAUCAAACGAAGACGUCAAAAAGAAAAGAUGAAAAUACAUUAAAAUCAAGAUGUUUUCGGUAUUGGGUUCACUAAACUACUGGUUUGUUGCAAAAAUCGUUUUGCUUUUGAUCUUCAUACUGUUAAUCAGUAUUGUUGCUUCGGUGUUUGUUCUGCGAAAGCAUAUUUUAAAUAAGAAAUUCAAAUCGAAUGGUCAACAAGAUAUUUUACAAGUGGGAAUAUUUCAUCCGUAUUGCAAUGCUGGCGGAGGUGGUGAACGGGUGCUAUGGUGUGCAGUUCGGGCUCUACAGCAUAAAUAUGGCAGUAAAAUUCACAUCAAAAUCUAUACCGGCGAUACAAAUGUCAGUGCCGAGGAAAUAUUGCGAAAUGUGAAAAGAGUCUUUAAUUUUGUGUUAGAUGAGACUAAUAUCGAUUUUGUUUUCUUACGAAAACGGUAUUGGGUCGAAGCUGAACGUUAUCCGCACUUUACACUUUUGCUACAAAGUCUUGGUUCAAUGGUUUUGGGAGUGGAAGCACUUUUACAGUACCAACCGGAUAUUUAUAUCGAUACAAUGGGCUACGCAUUCACUUAUCCAAUUUUUCGAUACCUUGGCGAUUGCAAAGUCGGUUCCUAUACGCAUUAUCCAAUCGUUAGCACGGAUAUGUUGAGACGUGUCAAAAAACGCGUUUCUGCUCACAACAAUCAAAGCUAUGUGACGAAAAAUCCAUUUUUAACAUGGCUCAAACUCACUUACUACCGCAUUUUUGCUAAGAUGUACGGAUGCGUUGGUCGUUCGGCGUUAACCGUCAUGGUUAAUUCAUCGUGGACUGAAAAACAUAUUUUAGAUUUGUGGCAGAUACCAUUUAAGACGCAUCGCGUCUAUCCACCGUGUGAGGUGUCGCAUUUGAAGAAUUUGGAGCACAUUGAAUCAGAUAAAAUUAUAAUUAUGUCCGUUGGCCAAUUUCGACCGGAAAAAGAUCAUCCACUGCAAUUGCAAGCAAUGUAUGAACUACGAACCUUGCUCGGAAAGGAUGAAGCACUCUGGGAAAAGCUAAAACUAGUGAUAAUCGGAUCGUGCCGUGGCAAAGAAGACGAAGAACGUAAGAAGAGCAUGGAAGAUUUGACAAAGCAUUUGUCUUUGGAGAACUCGGUUGAAAUUAAAGCCAAUAUCUCUUAUGCCGAACUAAUACAAAAUUAUAAAAUGGCAUCGAUCGGCUUGCACACAAUGUGGAAUGAACAUUUUGGCAUUGGAGUCGUCGAAUGUAUGGCAGCUGGUCUAAUCACUGUUGCACAUAGAUCAGGAGGACCAUUAAUGGAUAUCAUCGAAACAUCCGAAGGUAGUCAGACUGGUUAUUUGGCAACUGAUGACCAGGAAUAUGCAAAUUGUAUCGCCAACAUCCUUUAUAACACCGAAGAAGAGAAUCAAACCAUUCGAAAUGCUGCCAGAGCUUCUUCUGAUCGAUUCUCGGAGGAAGAAUUUCAUAAUAACUUUUUGCAUGCAACUUCCUUGCUGUUUAAUGACUGAUUUGAGCAAUCAUAGCAAUUGUUAUUUGAUCGAAGAUCAAUAAAUUCGUGUUUAGAGACUGCGUUAGCUUGAAAAUAUUCACCAAAAAA